CACUCACACACUCACACACUCACACGGUGCUCUCAGGACACCGAAAACAGAGGAUAUUUCCCUGGGGAAAGAAAUCCUGCCCGGAGAGGUCUCCCCAUUGGUUGUUUACCCGGAGAAAUCUACAUGUUUAAGGGGGAUGGUGCAUCCAUAAUCAGUCUGUCCCUAUAGGACUUGAGUCUUGGCGACCUUUUUGUGACCUCUCCCGCCGGAGGAGGCUGCUGUCACUUUAAAAAUUUACUGAAAGAGGAGCCGGUCUGGCUUCCGAUCACUCCGGGCGGCGGGAGAUAGCUCCCUUUCUCCCUCGCCCCGGGUCCUUUCUGGAUGGCCGAGCAGAUCCUCUUUAAAGGGACAGUUCAUGAAAUAGAGACCCGGCGGCUGCGCCCGGAGUCGCCAGAGGGGACCAGCCGGCCAGGGGCCGGGGCCGGCGGCCGGCCGGCUGCGGAGGACCGAGAGGGGCAGGGAGCCCCGCGCGUCCCCGUCCUCGCCUCCUCCCUCCACCUCUCGGCCGCGCGUCCCCCGGAGCUGGGAGACUGGGAAGAAGUUUUAGUGGGUUUCAGAUAACUUUCAUUACACCUCGGGCUGAUAAGGGCAGGGAAAGUGAGAAAAGAGGGAGGCGAUGCGAACCGGAGGAGCAGCUCUGAGCUCAUUUAGGAAGGGGGGGGGGAGCCCAAACACAGCGACCCGGGGCGCCCCGACGAGAGAAGACUGCGUUUCUGGGUCUAAAAAACACGGUGCUGGCGGACAAUAAAUCUGAAACGCGUGGUCGGGGAGCAGAUCCAGGGACAGCGAGUUGUCAGAGACCCAUUUGGAAAUCGACACGCCAGGCUUUUCCUUUUUUUUUUUUACCCCCCCCCCCCCCCCCCCAACAUCUCGAAAUGUUGCUCGUGAUCGUUUGAAAGGAUUUUCGUGCAGAAGCUCCGGGGGGCUGCUGAUUGUUUUGUUUAGUUUAAUUCUUCUGUGACUGUGAUUGCCUUGUAUUGCCGAGUUGAGGCCAUAGAAAUCAAAGAUCUUAGACGAGUUUUGCAAUGUGAAGUUCUGCAUAGAUGCCAGUCAGCCAGAUGUAGGAAGCUGGCUCAAGUACAUCAGGUUCGCUGGCUGUUAUGAUCAGCACAACCUUGUUGCCUGCCAGAUAAAUGAUCAGAUAUUCUAUAGGGUUGUAACAGACGUCGCACCAGGAGAGGAGCUUCUGCUUUUCAUGAAGAGUGAAGAUUACCCUCAUGAGACGAUGGCGCCGGACAUCCACGAAGAACGGCAAUAUCGCUGCGAGGACUGUGACCAGCUCUUCGAAUCCAAGGCUGAGCUAGCGGAUCACCAGAAGUUCCCGUGUGGCACCACUCACUCGGCGUUCUCCGUGGUGGAAGAGGACUUUCAGCAGAAACUGGAGAGUGAGAGCGAUCUCCAGGAGAUACACGCAGUCCAGGAGUGUAAGGAAUGCGACCAAGUGUUUCCUGAUUUGCAAAGCCUGGAGAAGCACAUGCUGUCACAUACUGAAGAGAGAGAAUACAAGUGUGACCAAUGUCCCAAGGCCUUUAACUGGAAGUCCAAUCUGAUUCGCCACCAGAUGUCACAUGACAGUGGGAAGCACUAUGAGUGUGAGAACUGUGCCAAGGUGUUCACGGACCCCAGCAACCUGCAGCGGCACAUCCGCUCCCAGCACGUCGGCGCCCGGGCCCACGCCUGCCCCGAGUGCGGCAAGACCUUUGCCACUUCAUCGGGCCUCAAACAACACAAGCACAUCCACAGCAGUGUGAAGCCCUUCAUCUGUGAGGUCUGCCAUAAGUCCUAUACUCAGUUUUCAAACCUUUGCCGUCAUAAGCGCAUGCAUGCUGAUUGCAGGACCCAAAUCAAGUGCAAGGACUGUGGACAGAUGUUCAGCACCACGUCUUCCUUAAAUAAGCACAGGAGGUUUUGUGAGGGCAAGAACCAUUUUGCGGCAGGUGGAUUUUUUGGCCAAGGCAUUUCACUUCCUGGAACCCCAGCUAUGGAUAAAACGUCCAUGGUUAGCAUGAGUCAUGCCAACCCAGGCCUUGCUGACUAUUUUGGCGCCAACAGGCAUCCUGCUGGUCUUACCUUUCCAACAGCUCCGGGAUUUUCCUUUAGCUUCCCUGGUCUGUUUCCUUCCGGCUUGUACCACAGGCCUCCUUUGAUACCUGCUAGCUCUCCUGGUAAAGGACUACCAAGUACGGAACAGACAAACAAAAGUGAGAGCCCCCUCUUGACACAUCCUCAGAUCCUGCCAGCCACACAGGACAUUUUGAAGGCACUCUCUAAACACCCCCCCGUAGGGGACCAUAAGCCAGUGGAGCUGCAGCCCGAGAGGUCCUCUGAAGAGAGGCCCCUUGAGAAAAUCAGUGACCAGUCAGAGAGUAGUGACCUUGACGAUGUCAGUACGCCAAGUGGCAGUGACCUGGAGACAACCUCGGGCUCUGAUCUGGAAAGUGACAUUGAAAGUGAUAAAGAGAAAUUUAAAGAAAAUGGUAACAUGUUCAAAGACAAAGUAAGCCCUCUUCAGAAUCUGGCUUCAAUAAAUAAUAAGAAAGAAUGCAACAGUCAUUCCAUUUUCUCACCAUCUUUAGAGGAGCAUACCGCGGUGUCGGGAGCUGUGAAUGAUUCUAUAAAGGCUAUUGCGUCUAUUGCUGAAAAAUACUUUGGUUCCACAGGACUGGUGGGGCUGCAAGACAAAAAGGUCGGAGCGCUACCUUACCCUUCCAUGUUUCCCCUCCCGUUUUUUCCAGCAUUCUCUCAAUCAAUGUACCCAUUUCCUGAUAGAGACUUGCGGUCGUUACCUUUGAAAAUGGAACCCCAAUCACCAGGCGAAGUGAAGAAACUGGCCAAGGGAAGCUCCGAGUCCCCCUUUGAUCUCACCACGAAGCGGAAGGACGAGAAAGCCCUGACUCUGGUGCCCUCCAAGCCUCCCAUGACACCGGCCACAAGCCAAGACCAGCCCCUGGACCUUAGCAUGGGCAGCAGGAGUCGGGCCAGUGGGACAAAGCUGACCGAGCCCCGAAAAAACCAUGUGUUUGGGGAAAAAGAAGUAAGCAGCGCCGAAGCCAGGUCGGCGCCGGACGGCUCCCUGCAGCACGCGAGGCCCACGCCUUUCUUCAUGGACCCCAUUUACAGAGUAGAGAAAAGAAAGCUAACCGACCCACUUGAAGCUUUAAAAGAGAAAUACUUGAGGCCUUCUCCAGGAUUCCUGUUUCACCCACAAAUGUCCGCCAUCGAGAACAUGGCGGAGAAGCUGGAGAGCUUCAGUGCGCUGAAGCCCGAGGCCAGUGAGCUGCUGCAGCCGGUGCCCUCCAUGUUCAACUUCAGAGCACCCCCCAGCGCCCUGCCCGACAGCGUCCUGCGGAAGGGCAAGGAACGCUACACCUGCAGAUACUGUGGCAAGAUUUUCCCAAGGUCUGCAAAUCUGACACGGCACUUGAGAACUCACACAGGAGAGCAGCCUUACAGAUGCAAAUACUGUGACCGGUCCUUCAGCAUAUCAUCUAACUUGCAGAGGCACGUCCGGAACAUUCACAACAAGGAGAAGCCGUUCAAGUGUCACUUAUGCGACAGGUGUUUCGGUCAGCAGACCAACCUGGACAGACACCUAAAGAAACACGAGAACGGGAACAUGUCUGGCACGGCGACAUCCUCACCUCAUUCUGAACUGGAAAGCGCAGGUGCGAUGCUUGAUGACAAGGAAGACGCUUACUUCACAGAGAUUCGGAAUUUCAUUGGGAACAGCAGCCACCGCAGCCAGUCUCCCCGGGACGCAGAGGAGAGAAUGAAUGGCCGUCACUUUAAGGAUGGGAAGGCUCUGGCGACCAGUCAGAGUUCAGACUUACUGGAUGAUGAGGAAGGAGAAGAUGAAGUGUUGCUGGAUGAGGAGGAUGAGGACGGGGAUCUGACUGGAAAAGCAGGGAAAGAGCCCGUGGCGAGUGGUCUGCAUGAAGGAGGCCCGGAGGACGACUAUGAAGAGGCCAGCACCCUGGAGAGGGGCUGCAAGACGCCCCCCGGGAGGUAUAAAGAGGAAGACUAUAAAACUGGACUUUCUGCUCUAGAUCACAUAAGGCACUUCACAGACAGCCUCAAAAUGGGGAAAAUGGAAGAUAAUCAGUACACUGAGGCCGAGCUCUCUUCCUUCAGUGCUUCCCACGUGCCCGAGGACCUCAAGCAGCCACUGCACAGAAAGUCCAAGUCACAGGCGUACGCUAUGAUGUUGUCCCUGGCGGACAAGGAGCCCCUGCACCCCGCAUCACACAGCUCUCCCACCGUGUGGCACAGCAUGGCACGGGCCGCAGCAGAAUCCAGCGCCAUCCAGUCCAUCAGCCACGUAUGACCUUCCCAAGGCUGGCCAGAGCGGGACCAAGUCCAGCAGCGUGUGGCUCUUUCCCGGGGACUCUGUACAAGACUGCUGAGCAGAAUGCCUUACAACCCUGAGGGGUCACUCGUCUGGUCUGGUGACCUUAAACUGAGUGAUUAAAUAAAAGAAAGAAAAGAAAGAAAAACUAUUUAUUCUUGAUAUUUUGUUUUGCACAGCGAAGGCAGCUGCUGACUUCUGGAAGAUCAAUCGGUGGGACUCAAAGUGACUUGAUCAAAAUGAAAAUCUUGCUGGGCGGAGGCGUCUUCCAGUUCACCCUGCCUAGGGCGUGGGCGUGAGGGGGCAGCUGGGAUGGCAGCAUUGAUCCUAAUGAACACUCCAUAUAAACUGAAGUCUUUUUUGUACAAGAUCAUCUGACAUGAUUGGGAACAGUUGCUUUUGAUUACAGAUCUAAUUCUUUUCUUUGUUAAGGUUUUAUGUAAUUUAACCCUUUGAAGAUGGGAGUAGCUGGAUGAAAUGCAGUCAAUUAUUGUAGAAGCUGAUAACAGGGAGGACUUGUUUCCCAUUAACUAUUUUGCCUUCUUAAGUACAUUGUUUAAAACUAGGGAGAAAGGGUAUGUGUAUAUUGUGAACUCGGAUGUCCACGCUCAGAGAGGUUAAGUCAGUGAAGGGACCUGUCCGUCACCAGUACCACUGCACCACUAAUAACAUGUUUGCCAAAUCCUUGUAAUAACAUCUUAAUUUUAGACAAUCAUUUCACUGUUUUUUAAUGUUUAAUUUUUUUUUUUUUUGCGUUGCGUGUAUCAUGUAUUUAUUUGUGGCAAACGAUUGUUUGUUGAUGAAAAUACUAUAGCACUGUUCCAGUCCUCCACUGCUUCCCGACGUCUGAGGCACACCUCUUUCUGACUUCCAGGACCAAGGUGACUGAUUCGACCUGCGUCAGGGAGUGCCGGAUGCCGUUUGGCUUUUCUUAACAUUCCUUUUUUUGUUGUUGUUUUGUUUUCCUUCUUAAUGAACUAAAUACGAAUAGAUGCAACUUAGUUUUUGUAAUACUGAAAUCGAUUCGAUUGUAUAAACGAUUAUAAUUUCUUUCAUGAAGGCAUGAUUCUUCUGAUUAAAAACUGCACCCCACAUUUUAUGCUGGUCGUCUGCAAGCUCGUGUGAUGUUACGUUCAUGUUAAUCCUAUUUGUAAAAUGAAGUGUCCCUGACCUUAUGUUAAAAGAGAGAAGUAAGUAACAGACUGUAUUCAGUUAUUUUGCCCUGUAUCGAGGAACCGGAUUUGUUUUCUUUUUGUUUGUAAUCUCAUUUUGAAGUAACCGGCAAGUCGAGGUACUUUCUUCAAAUGCUUUGUACAGUAUAAACUGUUAUGCCUUUCAGCGCAUUACUAUGGGAAGAGCAACUAAAAAAUAAAGACUUACAAAAUGAUGCUUUU